AUUUAUUGAUUUAUAUUGAUAUCCGAAUUCGGAAACGACCAUAUGAGGCAAGCCUUAAUUUCUGCCAAGAUCUGAGACCACAGAUCCUAUUAAUUUACACUGUACGGUCUGUAGUCCAGAAAACAAACGACAGACAACAUCAUAAACAACUCAAACAACGAAUGUUUUAGAAAAAUUUAAAUACUUUUCAAUUGUAAUCGAUUAACAUUGCUAAUUGCAAACAAAUAUAUUAAAUUUGAAAAUGGUGAAACCAAUUUACAUUAUGAAAUUGAAUACGCAAAGUAUUAAUAUGGAAGAAUACUACAGUGGCUUACAAAAUGUGUCUUUACCCGUGUUUAUUAAAUAUUUAAACCGUACAGCUAAGUGUAAAGUAUGCCUGCAGGAUGGGGAUGAGGCAAUUACCAGCGUUACAAACCCCAAUGGCAUAAGAGAAGUCCUGAAUGUAUUUGGUGCAAUCGGAAUCGACGAAGAAGAUGAGAAUCCAACAUAUUUGUGCUACGUGUGUUACAAGUUUCUUAAGUGUGCUAUUUCAUUCAGGAAAGUCGCUCUACGAACCAACAAAAUAUUAAAGCGACCUCCGAUAAAGCUAUCGCCUGAUUAUUUCCAAAAUUACGACACUACGGACGUAGACGAAAAAUCGAAUCCAGUUUUUCGAACUAAAGAAUUAGAGUGUGAAGAUGAAGAAGACACCAAAGUACAAUGCCAUAUAUGUAAAAAAAUUCUAACCAAGGCAUACUAUAAUAGCACGCAUUUAAAGCUUUGCGAUCCAGAUUUCCCUAAACAGUAUGUGUGCGAUAUUUGUGGAAAAUCAUUUAAGUUAAAGGUGGCCCAUAAUCGUCAUAGGGAGCGACACGAAACUAGAUACAUUUACAAAUGUCAAUUAUGUCCUUACGCAGGCAGGUAUAAAGCGAGGCUGUCAAUGCAUAUGCGUGUUCAUACAGGUGACUUAAAAUACUUGUGUACAGAAUGCCCUGCUAGGUAUAUCUCCAAAGGCAGUUUAAGCGAUCAUAUAAGGUUAAAACAUACCGAGCCACAACAUAAAUGCCAUCAAUGCGACAGAGCAUUCCAUAAUAAUUUAAACCUCCAAAGGCAUAUUGAUGUAGUACAUAUGGAAAUUAAAAAGCAUGAGUGUAACAUAUGCAGCAUAUCCUUUGGUUACAGACGCGACUUAAUGAAACAUCAAAGAAAUGUACAUAAAAGGGCUAAAUUGAGGUCUGGUUUUAGUAAAUCUAUUUUCAAGUCUAGAGACAAUUGUGAAUAAAUAUUGCCAGUCAUGAGUACUAGUAUCACCUAAUCAGAUGUGCAGAGUUGCCAGUUUUGAUAUGGGUUCAAAACUUAGUCAUGGGCCUGAUUCUCAAAUUUUCCCAACAAUGAUAAAGACGGCUAUACUUGCAGUGUUUAUAUGACCAAAUCAGAAAUGUGAUUUUCUAACAAAUCUGAGUUACUAACAGGCAUUUUAAGGGUCAAAUGCAAGUGGUGUAAGGCACUACUACACUACUACUACAAGAAUACAUCGAAAGAGUUUCUAUAUCUCUGUACAAAUGAUAUAUUUGAUGAUUGAAGAUACCAUUGUUCCUAGUUACUAUGGUGAAACAAAUAAAAUAAAUUUAUACCAAAAAUUAAA